AUGAAAAAUCAUAAAGUAAAUAUUCUUCUUAGCCCAGGUGUAAACUUCUCUUCAUUAGCAAGGAAUGGAAGUAGAUACCUUAAAAGACAGCCUAGUGAGGGGGCUGAGUAUAUCUCAGAUACAUCUCCUGUCAGAAGUCAGGAAAGAAAAAGCUCUCCCAGGAAAAUAAACAGGAGUCCACAAUGGUUGGAGCAAAGAGCAUCUGCUCUUCGGCCAAGUUCCUCAAAUUCUCUUAACAGAUCUAACUCAAAGGCAGGAAAGGAUGUUUCCCAGAAGCCUCUUCAGGGACAGACCAUAAUUGGAACAAAGAUAGAAGAUAAUCGUGAAGUUGAUAAGGUCAGCCAAGUUGUUCCAUUAAAGCCUAUUACUAAAUUUGAAAAUAAGGACUUCAGAGAACAUGAUAGUGAUCUUCCACCUGCUGAAGGUGAAACUAUGAAAUACGAGAAGAAUCAUUUUACAGAACUUUCUUUCAAAGACGAUCAUUUUGGAUCAGCAAAACAAGAUUUAAACCAGUCUUCCCCACUCAAAAUUCCUCGAAGGAAUUUAGAUAAGGAGGAUGGAGAAUUUCAUAAAGAAGCUAUUCACUCUAAAUGAUCUAAUGAUGAAUUUAUAUCAGUGGAAGGCGAUUUCCAAGAGCUUCAUUCUCAACCAUAUGGAUUAGAUUUGCAAAAGAGUAAGGAAGAUCAAGAAAGAAUGACUGAUUUCUCCAAAGAGAAAAGAUCACCUAAUCAGCACUUCAGGAGUAAUACCAAUCUCAGGUCUUCCUUAAACCACCAAAUGAGUGAGCGUGUCUUGAAUUAUGAUCUUAAAGGAACUUUAUCAAGGGCGAGCUCUAUCGACAAAAUGAAAAGUUGUGGAAAUGACUCAGACAUCAAAUUUACAGAGAAACGGGAUGAACUUUCAGAUAGAGUUUCAAAAUAUUACUUUCAAAAGAACUCAAACUUCUCUGACAACGUAGAAGCUUAUGACAUUGUCAGACAGAACCUGUUUCCUUCAUUUUUGAACGAUCCUCAAAAGGAUCGGGAGAGAGGGAUUCGCGAAAGGAGUGACUCUAAAAAUUCAAAAAUACUCACACCAUCCAAGAUUAUUAAUGAAUUACUCGAUAGAAAAGACUCUGUCACAAAGGUUAAGAAGAUUCAGACCAAGACAAUCACAAAGGAGGAAAAAGAAAAUGAACCUAUGCUUGAAUUUAGAGCUGUGAUGUACCAAGACUUCCAUGAAGUCAAUAAGAGAGAGAGCAAAGAGAGGUUCAUCAAAGGACUUUUUAAGCAAAGAGAGAAUCAUAUCCACAGUCAAUUCGGAACUGCUAGGUUAUCUAAAACAAGAUCUGAUCUUACUGAGCCUUCAGUAGAGAAAUCUCCUUGUCAGAACAGUCAGAUCGGAUAUCAAAAAUUAGGAGGUGGACUGAUUCAAGGCAAAAUUCAAGAAGCUCGAAGACAAAAAUCAACCAGAAGGAAGAAAUCAACAAUGAAAUUGAAAACUACUAAAGUAAUGAAGAAAAUGGCCCUUAAAGCUAAUCAAGUAGAGCUCUCAUCAACACUAGAGAAGAUCUUAGUAAAGAACCAGAAGAUAAAGAAUGCUCUCCAGACCUUCUGUAGUAGCCCAGGAGAUCCUUUAGACAGCAAGAAGGUCAAUAUGAAGCUUGUUAAGACAUAUAAGAGUAAGAGUAGAAAGCGGAAGGAAAAAUAGCAAAAUCAGAUUAAAUGAAGACCCUAAAAACUUAACUCUCUCUAAAUCUACAGCUGUUUUACAGAAAGCUAAUAAGAAUAGAAAGUUAGGCCCAGUAAAUUACUGAAAAAGAGCACUCGAGUGGAAGAAAUCCAGAGACUUAAAACUAGAAUCGAAAAGAAAAAAGGCUUUUAAAGAAGAAGUCUCCGGAUGAAGGUUUGAACCUAACCUGACAAAAACUAUGAGAAGUAACGAUCUCCAUUUAAAAUCUGCAAUCCACAAAAAGCCAAGUGUGUUAUAUGACGGGCCAGCUAGCGCCUUGUGCCCUAUAAUUAACUCUAAAAGGCUGGAAGAGAGGGCAAAAAUGCGAGUAAAAAUGUCGAAUAAGAGUCGGAGGCCUCAUUGAAGCACUAAAAGUGACAUCUAUUCUACAACAAUGUAUCGGAUGCUGUAAGCUAAAGUUCUCAAUUUAAUACAAUAAAA